AUGCUGCGUCUUCUCCGACGCAAUGAUAUAUCUUCCUUGUUGGCUGCCCUCAGUUUUGGUCUGCUGGUGGCUGGCUCCGCCAAUGUCUCCGUCUCGAAUACUGCUCACGAAAUUAUUUACACCCCAUUCCUUUGUAAUGCGACCACUGUUCUCAUCGACCCUGACUGCAGUGGGGCAUGGCAAGUUCAACGGAACACGACCAAUAUCGGAGGUAUCCCGACCGUUUCGACGCGUGGCCCUUCACCUGAGGGUGCCAACAUUAUACCGCAGAUGUUUAUGGCUUUCAGAGCGUCUGCUCUCUACUUGUCAACCUCCGUCAUCUCCAAUGCAACAGCCAACUUUACCAUUACCUCGAAGAGCGUGUCUGCUACCCGGAUUGUUAAUUCUGCGGCCGGCCUGGUCGCAAUAGUAAACCUCGUCGAAAGUGAACUCACUACUUUGGCUGUCACGUUUAUACCGCAAACGACCGUGUCGCGACUGGACAUCGGAUCCAUCUUGCUCACAGUCUCUAACAGAGCUGCUACCUCCUCUUUUCUCCCAACCAUGAGUCUCCCUCCAUCGAUGUCGCCCCCUACCUUCAUUCCUUCGACUUCAGCAUCUCCUUUCCCAUCUAAAGCAGCAGCUCGCUCCCUUCCACAUCGCGCGGCAGUCACUGAAGCACUGAGUCUAGUACUCGGGCUCGGCGUUGGUUUAUCCAUCAUUGUUAGUGCGUUGUUCUUCUGGUGGCGCCGUCGUCGGCGCCUAAAGGAAACGCGUCAGACAUGGUUCUGA